AUGUAUUUUCCAAAAUCUACUAAGGUGAAAGAUUACAAUUACGAAACUGAUGUUGAAAAAGAUAAAGCUGUUAGAUUGGUCUCGGUAGAAGAUUAUAAUUAUGAAACUGAUGUUGAAAAAGAUAAAGCU